CAGUUAAUGCCAGUGUCAGCUGAGGACUUCGAAGAGCUUGCACGUUGGACGAGCCUAGUAUACGGUGCCGUUCUCAGCCAACGGAGCGGAACAAGAAAGUCGGUAUGCUCCCUAGAAGUCGUCUUACUUGGGUCAUCAUCGUGGCUAGCUUCGCUUACGCCACAGCGUCCAACUAUCCCGAGCUGAAACCUUUCUUGUGGGAGCAUCAAAAUUGCUGGAAGACGUUAAUACAAGACCGCCCCUUUGUGCUGUACCAGCGAUCAUUCGAGCACGACCCAAGCUUUUCCUGGGAUGGAGACUGUAUCCAAGGCUUUAUGUUCGAGUUCUACCCGGAAGAACGGUAUGCCGUGGGCAUUGUGCAAUGGCGUGCCUCCGAGAACAAGAGAGUCAAUAGGACGGUCUACCUCUUUGCGGAAACUACUGAAGGCUACAAGUGGCCUAACGCAUAUGUGUCGUCAUCAAUUAGCGAUUGA